UCUGAUUAAUAAUUUAUUUUCAAAGGCAUGACCAUUAACUGUGAUAAUUGAUUUGUUAUGUGCCAUUAAUUCAAACAUGUAUUAGUUAUAGGUAAAUCGAAGACGAUAAGUUCUUCCUUCCUACUUGGAGAUACGCAAGGUUUUUGUCGUAUUGAUUGUCAUCCUAUGAAUUAAAUUCCUAAGGCAAGUUCGUAACACAUGAUCGUAUUAUAAGAAGAUGGCGAUGAACCUCAAUUACAUUGAUCCAGCAUACAUGAUCCGUGCUGUUCCUAGCAAUGCUUCAGACAAUGUUUAUUGUACGCUUCUUACUCAGAGCGCAGUGCACGGUGCAAUGGCUGGAUACACUGGCUACGUCAGUGGUCUAGCGAACGAAAGACAAACCUAUAUUCCCUUCUACAGAAUAACGGAGAAACAGAACCAUGUAGUGAUCACAGACAUGAUGUGGGCGAGGAUGCUGUCUUCAACGAACCAGCCGAGUUUCUUUAGCCCCAAAGAUGUGUCUGAUGAUAAAGAGAACCCCAUGUCGGCCCUUCUGAACGAUGGCAACUGCAACGGCCCAGUCGAUGUGCCUCCAGUGACCAAAGAGAUCACCAAGUGACACUGAACCUAAGAGUAUGAUGAUGGUCCUAUAUAUGUUUAGGUAGUAACUGAUGAGCAAAAAUUGGGUUUUGACAGUUUUACGCUUUCACUUGGCAUAAGAAAAUGUUGCACCUCGUAGAUGGGGGCAUCUCUAUGCUUUUGGCCCCACAGAGAUAAUUU